UUCAGACAGACAGACAGAGAGACAGAGAGCGAGACAGACAGAGAGACAGACAGACAGAGAGACAGAGAGACAGACAGACAGACAGAGAGACAGACAGAGAACCUCGCCCUCACCUCUGACGCUAAGCCGCUGUGUGAUUCUCACAUCCGGAUCGGUACCGGAUCAUCGCCGGUAUGAACACGGAGGAGACCGACGUGGACCUGAAGGAUGCUGAGACCAAAGAUGCGGAUCCGAAGGAGGCCCCGGCUCCCGGCCCGGCCCCGGCCCCGGUCCCGGCCCCGGUCCCGGCCCCGGCCCCCGCCGAUGCGGAUGCGACCGAGGCCGAUGUGAGCGAGGCGGAUCUGGACCAGGAGGAGCAGGAGAAACAGCCGAUGACCGGAGGAGCGGAGCGGGCGGAGGACGCGCCGUCUGCGGAGGAGAAGAACGGCUCCGUGAAGCUGAAGAUCCCCGACGAGGAGGAGGAGGAGGAGGUGGAGGAGAAGGUGGUGAAAUUCACCGGACUGAACAAGGAGGAGCUGCUGAGGGUGGCGGGGACUCCGGGCUGGGUGAGGACGCGCUGGUCUCUGCUGGUGGUGUUCUGGUUGGGCUGGUUGGGGAUGUUGGGUGGAGCCGUCCUCAUCGUCCUGCAGGCUCCUCGCUGCAGAGACCUUCCGUCCUCCAGCUGGUGGAACGAGGGGCCGAUGUACCAGAUCGGUGACAUUAAGGUCUUCAGCGCCCCGAUGGACCUGAAGGGUGUGGAGCAGAAGGUGGGCCGUCUGUCUCAGAUGAAGGUCAAAGGUCUGCUGAUUGGUCCGAUCCACGUGGCUCCAGCAGAUGACGCGGUGGGUCUGAGGUUUGAGGAGGUGUCCUCUGAGUCUGGAACCUUGGACCAGUUCAAAGACCUGGUCCACGCGGCGCAUAAGAAGGGGAUUUCCGUGGUUCUGGAUCUGACUCCAAACUACCGGGGCUCAUCUGGACCCUGGUUCUCCAACACCAGCGUGACCAACGUGGCUGAGAGGCUGAAGUCCGCUCUGGUCUUCUGGAUGAAGCAAGGCGUGGACGGCGUGCAGCUGUCGGGGGUGGAGCGAGUGGCCGCCAUGGCGCCGUCUCUGUGGACAGACAUCCGAGCCAUCGUCCACAACGGGACGGAGGAGAGUCCCAACAAGAGAGUCCUGAUUGGCGUCACCGAGCGUUCCGCGGCCGAGGACGUCUCUGUCCUCCUCAACUCCACCGGCGUGGACCUGCUGGUCUCCGGAGUCCUCCGGGCCGGCGGGAGGGACGCCGCAGAGCUCGCGGAGUCCGUCCAGCUGCUGUACUCGUCCCACAGCCAGCUCGGGCUGGCCUGGCGCCUGGCGGGACGGGCCGGGGGUCACCUGGCCUCGCUGGGGGGGCCGGCGCUUGUUAAGCUGCACCAGCUGCUGCUGCUGACGCUGCCGGGGACGCCCGUCUUCAACUACGGGGACGAGAUUGGCCUGAGGGACGAGGACAACGCGUUUCCCAAAAUGCUUUGGGACUCUGACGAGGAGCUGAAUGGGACUUUGAAGGAGAAGCGGGCGGAGCGUCUGUCCUGCCUCCGCUUUUUCAGCGCUGCCAGCGAGCUCCGGGCAAAGGAGCGCUCCCUGCUGUUUGGGGACUUCCUGCUCCUCUCUAACUCCUCCUCCUUUCUGGCGUACCUGCGUACCUGGGAUCAGAGCGAGCGCUACGUGGCCGCCUUCAACUGGGCGGGGCAGGAGGCGCGGCUGCAGCUGGGCGGUGCGGCGCUGCCCCGGAAGGCGGAGGUGGUGCUUCGCACCGACGGCAGCGGAGGCGUGGUGGACCUGACGGAGCUGCGGCUCGGCCCCGGACAGGCCGCGCUCCUCAGGUUUCCCUACCCCGGGUAGGAGGAGCCACGCUUCAGGGACCAAUACCAAGGGGGGGGGGGGUGUGGUCUCUGAUUCUGUAAACAAACAACAAUACAAACGAUGAAAAGCA